AUGGUGGUCGAGGCCAACUUGCAAAGCAGCAAUGGCGGCGAGGACGGAGGAGGAGGAGGCGGAAGCGGAAGCGGCGGCGGCGGCAACAGCAGUGGUAGUCUCGACGACGACAACAACAACAAUAAACCCGCCGGCUCCGGCAAGAUCGGCUUCCGGGAACGCAUCGAGCACUUCACCUGGGCCAACUUUACCGGUACCCAGUCGACGGGCGGCAUCGCCAUCUUGCUGUCUGAGACGCCGCACCAGUUUCACGGACUGCAGACGGCGGGCGCCGUCGUCUUCAUUUUGAAUCUGGUGCUCUUUGCCGUAUUUUGCGCCGCCAUGCUGACGCGCUUCUAUUUGCAUCCCUAUACCAUUAAAAAGUCCAUGACCACGGUUCCCGAGUGCUUGUUUGUUGGGCCCUUUUUCCUCUCGUGCGCGACCAUAAUAAUAUGCAUAUCGAGGUUUGGUGUUCCACACACGGGACCUUGGAUCAUUGUCGUCGUGCGCGUAUUGUUCUGGAUCUACGCAGCCUGUACCUUGAUCUACAGCACGACCAUCCCGGUCAUCCUGUUCUACAGGCGCCUGGACGUCUUCAAGAUGAAUCCGGCCAUCUUCUUCACCGUCUUCAACGUCAUGCUCACGGGCACCAUUGCGGCGUCCAUAGCCCAGCAGCAGCCGCCCGCACAGAGGCUGCCCAUCAUCGUGGCCGGCAUCGCGUAUCAGGGGCUUGGUUGGAUUCUAUGUAUGAUCUAUAUGCCAUGGUUCCUGGGCACCCUCUGGGUCAGCGGUCUGAGUCCGCCGGACCAGCGCCCGGGUUUGUUCAUGCCCGUCGGGUCGGCCGGGUAUACCAUUGUGUCGCUCAUUGGCUGCUCGCAGGCCCUGCCUAGCAACUAUGCGUAUUUUGCAACGCACCCGGUGGGCAUCGAGGUUCUCCAGAUUGUCGCCGACUGGGCGAGUAUCUUCCUGUGGUUGUUUGCCUUUUGGGUAUUUGCCGUCGCCCUCAUGGCCAACCUACCCGUCGCCCUCCCCUACCGAGACGGGCGCUUCGCGGCGCCCCAGAUGGGAUUUAAACUGUCGUGGUGGGCCAUCAUCUUCCCCAACGUAGGCUUCACCAUUGCCACGGGGUUCAUCGGCAAUGUGCUGGAAUGGGCCGCGAUACAGUGGGUUUGUACGAUUAUGACGGUGCUCCUGUUUGUGUUCUGGCUGAUGGACAUUGCAUUGCACGUAAAGGCUGUCGUCACUGGCCGUAUCAUGUGGCCUGGAAAAGACGAAGAUGCGACAAAAUAA